UAAAUUACCCAUAAAUAUAGGGGCUUUUUUUAUCUUGCAAUUUUGUCCGAAAAUCAUCCAUUUCUGUUGACAGAUUUUCUCUUUCUUUGUCUUAGAUUGACAAAAAAAGAAUCUAACUUUCUCUCUCCUCUUCGUGUACAGGCAUUGUAAUAACGGGAAAGAUCUUUUUUUUUUCUGGGUUUUUCUUCUUCUUCUUUAAUUAUCUCUUUUUUGAAGUACCCACUUGCAAUUUUUAAAUUUUGUGUUCCUGUGGAUUUUUGAGUUUUUCUGGGUUUUUGUGGUUCUUGUUUAAUUAUCUCUUUUUCGAAGUACCCAGUUGCAAUAUUUUUAAUUUUGUGGUUCUUAUGGAUUUUUAAGCUUUUUUUAAUGAAUUGGUAAAAUGGGUAUUUCAUAGUAUGAAAAUUUUCUUUACCUUUUAUUGUUUAAUGUAAUACUUAAAUACCCAUUUGAAAAUUUAAUUGAAUUUUAACUUUUUUUGUCUUAAAGCUACCAAAGAUUGACCCUUUCACAUGUUUCAAUUCCUAGCCUUUGGUUGACAAAUCAAAAAAUUUAAACUUUCCUUUUGUUGGUUCUCUGUUUUUCAUCUUGAUCUAUCAAAGGGUACCUCAAAAAAAAUCAAGAAAUGUAUCAAACACAUAGCAAUAGAGAAUUCUCCUUAGAUUUUCAGCACCAAAUUCCUAUCUUGAGGCCAAGUAUUCAUUCAAGAAGGGCAAAUUUGACAGUUAAAUUUCAAGAUUUAUAUGGAUUUACAGUAGAAGGGAAUGUGGAUGAUGUGAACAUAUUGAAUGAGGUUAGAGAGAAAGUUAGAACACAAGGUAGGGUUUGGUGGGCAUUAGAGGCUAGUAAAGGUGCAAAUUGGUAUUUGCAGCCUCAAGUGACUUCAAUUAUUGAAGGGAUUGCUUUGAAAUCAUCUCUCAAAUUGUCUUCUUUAGCUAAUGCAAUUACUUUGAAGAGGCUUAUUAGAAAAGGGAUUCCUCCGGUUCUUAGGCCUAAGGUUUGGUUCUCUCUUUCCGGUGCUGCUAAGAAGAAAUCUACGGUUCCUGAUAGCUAUUAUAAUGAUCUUACUAAAGCUGUUGAUGGAAAAGUUACUGCUGCUACUAAGCAAAUUGAUCAUGAUCUGCCACGAACCUUCCCUGGUCAUCCGUGGUUGGACACACCAGAGGGUCAUGCUACUCUCCGACGUGUCCUUGUUGGAUAUUCUUUCCGUGACUCUGACGUUGGCUAUUGCCAGGGCUUAAAUUAUGUUGCAGCUCUACUGUUACUUGUUAUGAAAACCGAGGAAGAUGUUUUCUGGAUGCUCGCGGUCCUUUUGGAAAAUGUAUUAGUUAAUGAUUGCUAUACGAAUAACUUGUCUGGAUGCCACGUCGAACAAAGAGUUUUCAAGGAUUUGCUUUCUAAAGAGUGCCCGAGGCUGGCUGCGCACUUGGAAGAAAUGGAGUUUGAUGUGUCUCUUGUUGCCACCGAGUGGUUCCUAUGCCUAUUCUCGAAGAGCUUGCCUUCUGAGACAACUCUACGAGUAUGGGAUGUUCUUUUCUUUGAGGGGGCUAAGGUGUUGUUCCACGUGGCUUUGGCUAUGUUUAAGAUGAAGGAAGAAGAGCUGCUUCUAACUCAUCAUGUUGGUGAUGUAAUUAACAUAUUACAGAAAACAACUCAUCACCUCUUUGAUCCCGACGAGUUAUUGACGGUUGCAUUUGAUAAAAUAGGGUCAAUGACAACAAACACAAUAUCAAAGCAAAGGAAAAAGCAGGAACCAGCAGUAAUGGCAGAACUUGAUCAAAGAUUGAGAAGACUAAACUCAGUCAAAAUGGAUGACAAAUGACAAUUUGAUCAAAAACUUCUUGUGACAUAUAUAUACAUAAAACAUCAUCAUCAUCCAGAUGAAGGGGCUUAUCUGUAAUUCCCCACUUUGGAGACUGAAUGUGAUCUUUUUUUUAUGUGGAGAGUAAGUUGUUUUAAAAGGAUGUAUUGUAGUAGGUGGUUAAAUGUAAAUUAUGGAUGUGGAAUUAAAUUAACAAUGCAAGGCUACAAUUUUGGUUUCUGAA